UUUACAAGGCCCUCGUGCGCCCCCGCAUUGAGUUUGCCAUCCAGGCCUCCAGACAGGACAUUGACAAACUGGAGAGGGUGCAGAGGAGGGCCACCACAGUGGUGCCCACACUGGCUCACCUGCCUUAUGAGGACAGGCUCUCCAGGCUGAGCCUCACCACACUGGAGGAAAGAGGGACGAGGGGAGACAUGAUUGAGGAAAUACAUCAGGAUGGAAGAGGCUCUACUGGCCACAGCUGGUGACACCAUCAAGCUCUGGGAUGCCUCCAGCCACACAUUCUACCAGGAAAUACCUUUCGAGACUGGUCAUGUGCGAGGCUUAGCAUGGAAUCAGGAUGGACAGUGUCUGGCAAGCGUUGGAGACUCAGGUGAAGAAGUCUUUUUGUCGGCCAUCUGCGGCAAGUCGGAAGCAAACAUUGGUGUUGUGCGUGGCAUUGAGACGCCAACCUGUUUAAAAUUUGCCUGCCGCUCCCCGCACUACCUGGGUGUUGGGAGCGCCUCGGGAACGGUGACCAUCUGGAACAUAAAGGCUCAGACCAAGAAGAAGGUUUUUACACCAACAGACCGAGCCAUCACCAAGAUUGCCUUCAGCCACAGCGACUCCCACAUCGCCACAGCCACCAAGAAGGGAACACUCUACAUGCUCUCCAUCGUCAACAACGUGACAGCUGGGCCUUACCAAAUUUUCAACAAUCAAGUUGUGACAGACCUGACCUACAGCAGAGUUAAGAAGUCGUUAGUUGGGUGCUGUUCUGAUGGCGGCUCUGUGUCCUUGUUUGACACCCACGCCAGCAAGAUGGUGCACUCCUUCUCCUCCGCCCACAGCUCCCCAGUGGCAGGAGUUGCCUUCUCUCCUGUUAACGAGCUCCUCAUGGUGUCUGUUGGCUAUGACAAGAAGCUUUCUUGCUACAAUGUCCAGACCAGGCAGCCCGUGAUAACACACCGCAGUGCAGCACCGCUCACCAGUGUCACCUUCCUGGGCCUGGGGCAGCUGGUGGCGCUGGGCACAAUGACGGGCCAAGUGUUUAUCCACGACAUGCGCAGCAUCCAGACCCCCUUCGCCACCCUCAAGGCACACAGGACAGCUGUGACCAAUGUUCUUCUUCAGCCAAGCCCAAGGUCAAAGUCUGCCAGCAGCAGCAAGGCUGGCCAGAGGAACAACACUGAGGCCACCUUGGCAGUGCCCAACCAGAAGCCCUCAAAGCAAGUAUUGAAACGGUCUUGCUCUGACCAGCCCACUGAACUGAGCCCAGAGAUGAAGCCCCAACCUGAGUCAUCACCGGGAGACAAGUUUGACCUGAGUGUGUUCUCACCAAUUAGGGAGACAAAUCUACCUAAUCAGGUUCAGACUCCUCAAGCAAGUGGCUAUGAUCAACUUCCUGGCCACAAGAUCACCAGUUCAGUGGGUGAUGGUGCCAGCCUGAGUGUUCUCUCCCCCAUCCGCACCACAGACCUCCAGCACAACAACCAGUCACCAGUGUCCCAGUGGAUGGUGGACAUCAAUGAAGAUAAUGUUCUGUCACCAAUAAGAGAUACAACUCUUAUCACAAAAACUGACAGUGACUCGGUGGAAAUUAAACCUUCCCCUACAGUGGAAGUCACUCCUGCAAUGGAAGUCACUGACAAAGAGAACAUUGAACCUUCAGUCUCUGAUACUAAGGACCAAAUCUCAGUACAACAGCAAACAAAUGCUAAUCCUAUCAUCAUCCAUGAACCACCAGAGAAGGAAUCUUUACCUACACAAAGUUUUUCCCACAAGGCUGAUGCUAGAAGUCCAUGUGUAACACAGGGAAAAGUAUCUCAAGACCAGCACCUCACACCCAAAAUGGAUGUGGAUAUAUGUGAGAACCUUCAUUCACCACUUUCUACACAAAGGCCAAUACCAGCUAGUGAUAGUACUGUGACAGGAGGGGACAGCAAGGUCACUAAGUCCAACACAUCCAACAUCUCAAGAGACAGCAACUUGCCAGCCCAGUACUUCACCAUGUCCCCCAGCACCCCAUCCAGGAGGUUGUCCCCACCUAAGAAGAGGCAACUCCUCCAGCCAGUGCAAGCUGCAGACCUUGAUCCAGACACACCACCAGGACACACCGAGGCUCCUGCUGCCACCACUGCUGCUGCAGACACAGCUGCCACAAGUCAUGGAGCGCCUCAGCUGCAGAUGGAGCUGGUGCGGAGCUGCAUGGUGGAUGUGCUGGAAGAGUUCCAGGAUGAACUCAACAGAAGACUGAUGCACAUGCAGUAUAUUAUGACCAAAAAAUUUAUUCAGCAGCAGGAGGUGAUGGAGAAGCUGCACAGACAAUACUCCCUCAACGAAGACCUCAUGAAGGAGAACGAGCAGCUGCGUCAACAAAUUGCUCACCUGCAAGCAAAAUAUUGAUGUCAAGGAGCUGUGAAUGAAUGUGCUAAAUACUUGUUUGUGAAAGUUUUUUUUUUUUUUUUUAUAUAAUUUUAGUUUAAUGGUAAACAAAUUUAUAUUACUUGUAAAUUAAAUAUUUCUAAUUUUCUUUCAAUGUUUCAUUUGCAUCACCCUGACAAUAAUGAAGGUAAUGUGUCUGCCUGUACUUAAAUUGAUCUCUAUAGAUGGAAUAAGAAAUAAAACUGAACAUUUUCA